UGUUCAUGUGCUUGUGUGUGUAUUCGGUUGAGUUACAGAAACUCGAUUGGUUUCGUAACUUUCGAAAUCAGCAAUCUUUCGCAUCCUACUUAAAGCGGCACAGAAUGGCCAAGGUUCACGUGUGCAACGUCCUUGUCUACGAAAACCCUUCAGCCUUCCUGAAGCCGUUUCAGUUUGAGAUCACGUUUGAAUGCAUCGAAGAUCUCAAAGAAGAUUUGGAGUGGAAGAUCAUUUAUGUCGGCAGUGCGGAAAGCGAACAAUAUGAUCAGGUGUUGGACACGAUUCUCGUCGGUCCGGUUCCUGAGGGCAGGCAUAUGUUUGUCUUUACGGCAGACCCCCCAAAUCCAUCAAAAAUUCCAAUUCAAGAUCUCGUGGGUGUCACCGUUGUGCUGCUUACGUGUUCUUACAAAGAAAAGGAAUUCAUUCGAGUCGGUUACUAUGUCAACGUGGAUUACAUCGAUGAACUUAAGGAGAAUCCUCCAGCUACACCUCAAUAUGAGAACCUUGUACGGAAUAUCCUUGCCACAAACCCUCGCAUCACGCGAUUCAAAAUAAACUGGGAUGACAAUCACAAUAAUGGACAGGAUCAUGGCGUGGCCACUAAUCAAGAGAACGUCCCACCCGUUGGUGCAUCGAGUUCCGGGAUUGCAAACGUCAGCAACCCAGAAGACUCGAUGGGUCCGCUGAAGAAUGUACAGAUGGUGGCUAAUCCAGCUGCAGCUACGAACUCCAAAUCCGAGGAGAGCUCAAUGGAUGUUAAUUAGAUUUAGUAGAUAAUGUAUACGCAAGCAUUAAUGAAAAUUAUAUUAUAAUAACACGGAAUGAAGCCAAAGCAUGUCUGUGUUACCCACCCUUAGAAAUAAACAUAGGAACAUGGAUAUAUAUUUUAGUCAGAGAAAGCAUCGUUUAGAGAGUUCUUUCAGACGAUUUCCCGGUACUGAAUUACUUUGAUGACUGGCCUUACCGUUACUAUUUUUUGGCUUUUUUUUUCGUAUAGUUCUAAGGCCAAAACAGACGUUCACGUGUUAUGUGCAUACAAGCUUAAAAGGUAAUUUUGUGCCUGUUUCCAAGCUUUCAGCGGAAAACACGUCAAAUAAACAUGAAGUUAUAGCUUAGAAAAAAAUUAACAGCGGUUGCCCUUCCUUUAAUAGCAAAAUAGGGUGAUAUGAACAUUUGGUGUUGGAUAAAAUAUUCCAACAAUAAAACCCAUAAAUAAUAUAUGCGUUUAUUUGACUUGGUACGAAUAGUCGCGAAUAUACAUGCAGUGCAUUUAAAUAGUUUUGUGCUAAAACGCUGCAUUUCUUUUUGUGCACUUCUAUAAAGUAUGAGGUCCAAGUUAAUUUCCCUAACUAUCUGUAUAGGAGGCUGUUGUAUUUUGCAAAGACAGAUGCCCGAACUCUGUAGUUUUAUGGUCGAUUCUCGGAUUCGGGGGCAGACAAUGGGAUGUAUCAGAACUGAGGUUAGCCUUGGCUAUUCUCGUUGUUGUUUGUACUUUUUUCUAUAUGUGUACAGGAACCAAUAUCUGUGGUGGAAUGUGAAUACAAAAUGUAAAUAUAAAUACAUAUAUAUGUAUGCAUAUAUAUCUAAAUAUAUAGAGAUGAGAAAAUAAAGAUGCUGCUAUGUAGUUCUAGAGUGAGUCGUGCGUGACCCGAAUCUACGGGAAAACGGAUCGGUAGUAAAGAGGAAAGCCAAUAAGCAUGCCUAGUAAAGUAGCCUACGGGUAAGAAACCUAGGUAAACGUAUUGCGAUUGUUAAAACUGACUCGCAUUUUUCAAAAAAACAAAGAAACAAUGAAAAAUAAUAAUAGAAAAAGUGUCUGAUAGCAAGCAAGGAAAGUGUCAUUACUAUUAUUUAUUUCCCAAAAUAAAACCCUAAAACACACGG